AUGAGGAUAACAACUGUCGACCAGAAUAGAUCAUCUCCAUGGGCAUUGAAUCACCAAUGGUACAACUCUGGACAAUAUUCUCCCUUAGACAUGGCUCAAUAUGUAUUUUGGACGGGGGAUGAAGCUGGUGUUGCUAAAGCCAUACAAGAAUUCAUACAAAAUCGAUUGAUGUCACGAGAAGAAGCAAUAAACUUUUUACGCGAUAUUAGAAUUGGAAUUGAAUAUCUUCAAAAUCGUUAUGACACUAAAUCAGGACUUCUUCGUGAUGUGACCAGAGAUGCAGAUACACCUAGUGACUUAACAUUGAAGGAAGCAAUUGUGAGCCCGCACAUAAAGCCAACCCAGCCUGCCUUAAACCCUAUGUAUACCAAUCUACAAAAUAAAUUAAAAGAAGAGCAUGAUGAUGACAAACCAGAAAAUUCACUUAACAUCAUGAGAACUGGAUAUAAGAAAUCAAAAGUAGACAAAAUGAAUAAACUUGAUUAUUUAGAAAAAUCCGCUAAUAACAUCAAAGAAACUAAUUUGGCUGACUAUGAGGAGAUUGCAGGUAGAUUAAGACUGGCAGACUUUUUGUAUACAGAAUAUUCAUUAGAAGAAGUUAUUUAUCAAUUAGCUAAGGUAAAUCUAAACGUAAAUUACAUUAAUUGUUAUGAUGGUAACACGUUGGUUAAAAUGAAUUGCAGGUGA